UUCAUCUCCUCCCCAAGAUUCCUUCUUUCUCUCUGUGUGCAUCUGUGUUGUAAUUUGGUAUUCUUGGGGUUAUGAACCUUGCAGCAAGCAUCUUCUGGACCAGGAAGAUGUGGAUAUGGUGAAUACACUUGACAAGGAAAAAGGUAUCACACUGGAGGAUUUUAAGCUCAUUAAGAUGCAUAUGGCCAGUUUUCAUCAUGGAAGAUCAUGAAUUUAGUUAUUUGAGUUUUUUGGAUUCUCAAGCGGAUUCUCAAGUAAAUUGUAGUCUCAUGUCAGACUUUUCUGAUUUUGUUCAUGAUAUCUGCGAACAAGAUUAUACAUCUCAUUUUACAACCGAUGAUAUUUUCCCAACACGUGAAGAUUUGAUUAAGUGGGUUAGAGGGGUUGCUUAUAAUCUUGGAUUUGUUGUCAUUAUUUUAAGAUCAGAUAAAUAUAAUGGACAACCAGGAAGAAAAACCCAUGUAUUAUUAGGUUGUGAAAGAGGUGGAAAAUAUAGAAAAUACAAGUCUGAUGCAGAACCGAGUCUAUCUGGGACAAGAAAAUGUGAUUGUCCAUUUAGAUUGAGAGGGAGACCCAUCUCUCAAGGGGAGGGAUGGGUGUUGAACGUAAAAUGUGGUUACCAUAAUCACGAUGUGUCAUGUACUCUAGUUGGUCACCCCUAUGCUGGUAGGUUGAAGUCUACUGAACACUCAUUGCUUGUUGAUAUGACUAAAAGUCAAGUCAAACCUGCAAAUAUACUUCUCACCCUGAAAGAAAAAGAUGAGUUUAAUGUUACAACCAUGAAGCAAGUGUAUAAUGCAAGAUAUAGGUACAAACGUUCAAUAAGAGGUUCUAGAACUGAGUUACAACAGUUAAUGUUGAUGUUGGAACGUGAUCACUACAUCCAUUUUAGUAGAUGUGUUGAUGAAUCAGAUGUGGUUAGCGAUUUGUUCUGGACCCAUCCUGAUGCUGUCAAGUUGUUAAAUUCAUUCAAUAUUGUGUUCUUAAUGGAUAGUACCUAUAAAACCAACAAAUAUCGGUUGCCAUUACUUGAGAUUGUUGGUGUGACCUCAACAGGAUUAACUUUCUCAGCCGCUUUUGCAUUUUUAUCUAGUGAGAAGCAAAAUAACUUCAUUUGGGCUCUUGAAAGGCUAAGAGGUCUGUUUAUGACGUCCGAGGGUGGUCCACAAGUCAUUGUAACUGAUAGGGAUCUUGCUCUAAUGAAUGCUGUUGGCAUGGUGUUCCCUCAGUGUUAUCAUCUUCUAUGCCGUUUCCACAUUCAAAAAAAUGUGCAGGCAAAGUGCAAAAUGUUAGUAAAUUCUGUUGACGCAUGGGAUGUUGUACUUCAAGCCUGGGAGAAUGUCAUGGACUGUGAAGAUGAAUUAAAGUUCAACGAGUGUGUUCAUCGUCUUCAGCUUGUUUGCCAGCCAUGGCCUGUAUUCUUUGAAUAUGUUAACGACUCGUGGAUCAUUCCUUAUAAGAAAUUCUUUGUGAAGGCAUGGACGAACAAAGUUAUGCAUUUGGGGAAUACAACAUCAAACAGGGUUGAGUCUGCUCACUGGAGUCUGAAGAAAGUUCUUGGAAGUAGUAUGGGAGACCUUUGUUCGUGUUGGGAUGGAAUUCACAACGUUAUUAUCUUGCAACACAACGAAAUUAAGGCGUCUUUUGAAAGAAGUAUAAAUCUGAUCAGUGACUCUUACAAGGCAUUGAGUUAUAGAAGAUUAGUGGGUAAUAUUUCUAGAUGUGCCUUAGAACUCCUUGCUCCAGAGUUGGAAAGAGUAAAGAAGAUUGGAUUCGAUAGUAGUCGUUGUGGCUGCAUUCUCAGACAAACUUAUGGUCUACCAUGUGCGUGUGAAUUAGCACGAUAUGAUCCUGGGAUUAUUCCUCUCCAAGAAAUUCAUGUCAUGUGGACUAGGUUGAGCUUCUCCAAUGUCUCGUCUUCACAAUCUGAAGGGCAAUUAUCUAUUCAGAGGGAGGUUGAUCUACUGCUUAAUCUUUUCAAAGAAGUUGAUAUUGCAGGAAAAGUGACCAUAAAACAUAAAUUACUUGACAUAGUUAGCCCUUGCAUGACAUCGAUGUUACCACCACCGAGUAAAGUUAAGACGAAAGGUGCAGCUAAGAGUCAUAGAUCAAAGAAGUCAACCAAACGUGAUCCCUCCUAUUUUGAGCAUGUGGACGCCUUCAUAGAGUCCUCAAGACAAGACACAUUUGUUGCAAAAACAGAAAACAAGGCGAAGAGCAAACGUGUAAUUGAAGAGAAAGUAAUACCCAUGCUAGAACAGUUCAAUCCUGUUUUUCAUCCAUAUAUACUCGAUGUUGUCGAUGUUGUGGCGGACGGUCAUUGUGGAUAUAGAUGCAUUGCUGCAUUGUUGGGUAUGGGUGAGGAGUCGUGGCCUCUAAUUAGACAUGAUCUAUACAAAGAACUUAGCCAAUGGCGAGAUGAAUAUGCAACGUUAGUUGGAGGCUAUGAUCGUCUGGAAGAACUGAGAAAGUCUUUGCUAGUUCAAUCACCAUCAGGGGCUAAUCGAGACAAGUGGAUGACUAUACCAGACAUGGGGUAUGCGAUUGCUAAUCGGUAUAAUGUAAUUCUCGUGUGCUUGUCAUCAGUUCAGAAUUUGACUAUAUUCCCACUUCGUACAUCCCCACCUACUUCGCAAAGUCAACAUCGACUAAUUUGUAUCGGACAUGUUUACAAUUCUCAUUUUGUUCAGGUUCGUCUACAAGAAGGCUGUCCAUUACCGACAGUGGAUAUCAUAUCAUCUAGCAAUUGUUACCCAAAGGCAAAAGGGUGGGCAUCAUUUUAUAGAGAUAGGAUGCAAGCAUUCCUAGAUUUACACAUAGUGGAUCGUAGUUAUGUAGAUCUUAUGGAAGACUGAUAUUUGUUGAUUGUAUUUAAGUAUUUCACUGUUGUAGUUUGUAA